AUGCGCAGCUGGGAAUUCAUUAACCAAGGUCCUCACAAUACCCGUCUAAGCGAAUCAGAUAUACGCACCGUUCAAAAGGUCUCUAGACGCGUCGGCGCCGCAACUCGCAGAGAGCAGGGAGUGCAAGCUCGAAUCAACACCUUACAGGUUCCAGAUUUUCUCACACAACAAAAACAACAUCCCCUUCGAUUUCCCCCCCCGAUAUCCUUUCUACCCCAUCGGCGCGAAUUCCCUAGUGAAAUGUCUAUCCUUUUGCAGCCUGAUCUCACAGCAAAUCUUCUGUGCCACGCUGCGGCUAGCGACGCAGCCAUAAAUCCAAGGAGAUGGAUUAAAAUCUGUCGACUAGCCAAUGACUCGAUUCUCCACACCCUUCCUCAAAUAUAUGGCUACAGUAAAUGUCUGGAUAAUUCCAUCGACUGUGUCGUCAUGCGUGUCCGCUGCAGUUUGCAGCAAGGUGCGGAAGUUCAAUUACGGGAAUCAGAGGAGCUUCGGAUCACGCAAAUGUACGGUCGAGCAAUUAGAAGUUUAUCAAACGCCAUCACUUCGCCAGAAGUGAACUGGGAUACAUGCCAUCGCGCCUGGAUCAUGCACUCCCGCGGUGCGUUUGAUAUUCUAGAAGCACUCGGGCCAGAAAAUAUCACUACAGAAGUCGAGAAAGACAUUCUCAUAGCACAAGCUGAACUUAUGAUUCUAGAAGCCUGUUUCGCGAAUGUGGCCAUAUUCUUUGACAAGCUGGAAUGGCAGAAUGCCCUUCAAUCAACCGUUAUUCCUGGGUCCUACCUAGGAGAUCGUUCUGAGACCGUGGUGUCGUUCUGGAUGGUUUCAGCUUGCGCUCCAGGCCUAUUCAAGAGAGCCACGGAGGUUAUCAUGACCCAGCAACACGACCAAAGAGAGGAAAUCAUAUCCAAACUCCGCGACUUGUUGAGUAACUACUCAAGGUGGUAUACAAAGUGGAAUCAUGAGCUCAGGAUUAGCGAAGCGCCUGAGGAGCAAACCGCUUUCCUCAACAACCCUACUUUGCUGCAACGGAUCGGGACCCUUACCAGAUUCCUCGCAUACCUAGCUCUAACAAAUCGAUUUCUAUUUGCAAUGCGUCCAGAUCCGGCCUCGGGCGCUGAAGAGGAAGCAACCAGAGCAGCAGCUCGGGUGAUACAGCUUGCCGAAUUGUUAGGCGCCGACUCAGUUCCCAAAUUACGCAUGAAAAUUGCACUGAGAAUUGCACAUUCUAUCCAGGAAACUGCACAGGAUUGGUCAAACCCGGAAUUGCAAUAUUCUCAAGGCUUUUUUGAGACUGUUGAGCCGAGUUUAUUCGUUGCUUGGUGCUCAUUGCUAGGUCGAGCGACGGGUGGACCCGUUGCUUGUAUCGAUACAAUUUAG